UCAUGUGCCUUGCCCUACCGCUUGAAAAAUGCCAAGCUAUAAGUACACGAUUUCCUAUCCGGUAUGCAAUUAGUUUAACUCCCGGCGAAAAUGCGUUACGUGAUACUAAGUGCACUUGGAUUUGUCUGCUGUCUGCAGGUUUACUGUGCCAUGGCAACGUCCGACAGAGGUUUCGACGAACAUCUAGCAAUCUGCGUUGAUAGACUGAAAGUCGACAAAGACAUCAUUGACACACAUUUUGACAAAGCGUUUCAUCUACCCACCGGAAACGAAAAUCUGAAUAAUGUGGUCAGGUGCGUCGGUACAGACAGCGGACUGGUAGACGCGGAUGGAAAGUAUAACGAAGCUUUGAUGAAGAUCCACAUAAUGAAGAACGUGAUUCCACUGACUGGAAAGACUGGCACCGAAGCGGUAGCUGACAAGGCAGUUGAGGAAUGCAAGCAUCACACUAACGGAAAGGACCGUAUUAUCAAUUUGCAUAAUUGUAUUAUUGAUGUUAUUCAUGCUUCAGUUUAACUUGAGUAUCAAAAAAACACUGAAUAUUAUAUGUACUUACUUCAUU